UUCCCCUAGCACAGAUCCAUUCCUAUCCUAAACAGCAUACUAUCAUGUGCAUAAACAUACGGCGGAGCGGCUGGGCAGAGGAGGAGGUCGUUGAGAUGCCAAAAUAAAUGGUAUAUUCGUCUUUUGGCACUUCGCGUGACGUCAUCAGCGUGCUCGGAGGCAACAUGGCGGAUACCUUUGCCAAGUACCACUGCAACUACUGCGAGGAGGAUGUGAACGGACUGAGGGUGCGGUGCUUGGAGUGCGACGACUUCGAUCUUUGUUUACAGUGUUUCGCUUGCGGUGCUGAGAUUGGAAAGCAUAGAAGAGGACACGCCUAUCAAUUUAUGGCUCUUGUUUCAUUGGUUGCUUCUUAUGCAACACCUUGAACUGAACAUUACAGAUCUGCUGUAUUCAUGAUUGCUGCCCUGAUAACACUAAUUAACCAGAUAUUUUGUUGGUGACAACAGUAAGUAAUAAGCUACUUCAGCUGGUAUAAGGUUUUCAUAGACAGUGUAUUACACUUUCUGAGAUGCUACUCUCUCACACACACACACACACACACACACACACACA